AUGGCUAGAAUUCUAUUGCUGUUAUGCUUGAUAAUAUGCAGAAGCUAUUCGCUAAAUAUAUUGGUGUAUUCCCCGCGUUUCGGGCAUUCGCACACUAAUUUCCUGGCCAAGAUUUGUGAUACGUUGGCGGAAGCUGGGCAUCGGGUGGUUUUCCUCGAGCCCCUCUUCCUAGAUAAAGUCUCGGCCAAAGGCCCAACCCAUCCCGGAGUCGAGAAAAUUGAACUCCCGGCUCCUGAAUCGGUGAGAAAGGUAUUUUCGGCGCAAAAAUCCGAUACGGGCGGCUCGGCGAGAUGGGAGACGACGCUCUGGGGGGAUUUUGCCGUCAUGAAAAAGUACGUCGCGCUACUCCGUUUCGCCGCGCUGGAGCACUUAAAAGGUUUCUACGCCGAUCCGGAUUUCCUCUCAAAAAUUCGCGGCUACCACUUCGAUUUAGCGGUUUCGCAGCCGAUGGAGGCCUCGGGUUACGCUCUGUUUUACAAGCUUGGGCUUGAGAAGUUUGUGACGGUGUUCUCGGCAAAUCCGGGCGCAACGUACCCGGUGAUAUUCGGGGCGCACUCGGCGGUUUCCUGGGUGCCAACCAUGCUUUCUCGUGGGAUCGAAAAAAUGGGAUUUCGCGAGCGCGCUCUCAACUGGUAUUACACGCUGUUGGAGCGGCCAGUUUUCGACAGCUACGAGGGAUUCGACGAGUUCAUGUUCACCCAAGAAUCCGAGUACCCGGGGUCGAAGGAACUAAUGCUGCGCUCCUCGUAUCUGCUGCUCAACUCCGAACCCCUGUUGGACUUCCCCAAGCCUUUGCACGCCAAGAUCGUCUACAUCGGCGGGAUUGCGGUGCCGAAAUCUGUGGAACCGUUGAGCGAGGAAUUCGACCGUAUCCUCGGCGAACGAAGUCACUCUGUCUUUAUUUCAUUCGGGUCGAUGGCCAAAUCGGCCGAUAUGCCGUUGGCGUCAAGACUGGGGUUGAUCGCGGCUAUGCGAAUGCUUCCCGACGUCACUUUCAUCUGGAAAUAUGAAAAUCUCAGCGACCCUCUAGUCAAGGAAUUGCCACAAAAUGUCUAUCCGGUUGCGUGGGCCCCGCAAUUGGCGUUGUUAGCUGAUAAACGCCUGUCGGCCUUCGUUUCUCACGCGGGAGCUGGUAGCCAGCAAGAAGUUGCCGCCAGUGGCAGGAAGGUCCUGUGCAUCCCAAUCUUUGCGGAUCAAUUCGCGAACUGCCAGCAAUUAGCGAGAGUCGGAGCAGCCCAAAUUUUUGACAAAAACGACCUGAACGACGAGGAAAAGCUGGUUAAAGCUGUUAAGGAGCUGCUAGAAAACGAUGGGUUAUCAAAAAACGCCGAACAGCUGGCCGAAAUGAUAGCAAAGAAACCAUUUACGGCAUCGGAGACGCUGCUUCGGCAUGUCGAGUUUGCUGCUAAAUACGGUCCCCUCCCCCAACUCGACCCAUACGGCCGGCAGCUCUCUUUCAUCCAAUACUACCUGCUCGACGUCAUGGGAAUACUAAUUGCCGCCUUACUUUUUACAAUAUUCAUCGCCUGGAAAAUCUUUCAACGCCUUUUUGGUGCUAUUUUUAGGAAGAAGAAAGUGGAA